CCUCCUCGUAUAAUGCAGCCCUUUGAGCACGACCGACGCCGAGCGAGCGUUAUUUUGGCGCCGGGCUUCCUGAAGAAGACGCCGCGGCCCCCCCGCGUCUCGAGUAUCAGUCAAGCCAGCAUUUUCCACUGGCGCAGCCGGGUUCACGCCUCGCAGCAUUUUAGCUUAUUUUGGCCACAUUAAAUAUAAGCUCACCGUGGCGGCGGCGGCGGCGCUGGCGGUGAGUUGCUUCUUCAAGUGUGAGCGAGGGGACACCGGCGGGUUCCCCCUCGCGACAGGAAUAGCGCCAUGAUUUCAUGAAUGAGGGGCUCGCAAUUGGAGGGGAGCUCAUUUGUCACGGGGGGGGUGGUCUGGACAAACCCGAACGGGAAACGGCCGGCUGCGGAUUCGACGGAGGCUUGGUCAAAAGAGCGUGGAAAGCGCGUUGACCGCGGCGAAGCGUCGGAGGGACGGCAGCAGAGGCGGCCGGUGCCAUCCGGUCUUCGGACUUGGGGAGGGCUGCGCGGUUUAAAAUGGUGUGAAUACGAUAGCCGCCUCCGCCCAUUGGCGCGGCUUCUGCGAGGGGGGAGAUCUGUCCGACGCGGCCGGGCUCCAAUCCGACGAGAGGACCGCGCGGAUCCGACGGCGCGGUACCGGCGACGGGCCCCUUUCCGCCGGGAACCCGACGUGACUCCCGCAACCUGCAUGAGAAAGGACACUUGAGAGGUGACCCUGGGAAGGGGUAAAAAGAUGACCGCGGUGUCCGAGGAGAACCGCGACGAGACCGUAGCGGUCGCCCCCUUAUUGGCGGACGAGCCGCAGGAGCAGGAGUGCAGCGAGAGGGUGGUCAUCAACAUCUCGGGCCUGCGCUUCGAGACCCAACUGAAGACGCUCUCGCGCUUCCCCAGCACCCUCCUGGGGGAUCCCCGCAAACGCAUGCGCUUCUUCGACCCGCUGAGGAACGAGUACUUCUUCGACAGGAACAGGCCCAGCUUCGACGCCAUCUUGUACUACUACCAGUCCGGGGGGAGGCUCCGCAGACCGGUGAGCGUACCCGUGGAUAUUUUCCUGGAGGAGAUCAAGUUCUACGAGUUUGACGAGGAGACGGUGGAGCUUUUUCGAGACGACGAGGGUCUGACGAGGGAGGAGGACCGAGCGCUGCCAAACAACGAAUUCCAGAGGCAGCUCUGGCUCCUGUUCGAGUAUCCCGAAAGUUCCGGACCGGCUCGGAUCAUCGCCAUCGUCUCCGUGAUGGUGAUCCUGAUCUCCAUUAUCAUAUUCUGCUUGGAGACCUUGCCCGAGUUCCGGGAGGUCCCCGCGUCGGCGCAGGAGCUCCACGCCAACGGCAGCGCUCACGGCAAGGCGCGCAGCCCCUUCACGGACCCCUUCUUCAUGGUGGAAACGCUCUGCAUCGUGUGGUUCUCCUUCGAGUUCACCAUGAGGUUCCUGUCCUGCCCCAGCAAGGCGGCCUUCUUCAAGAACAUCAUGAACAUCAUCGACGUGGUGGCCAUCGCGCCCUACUUCAUCACGCUGGGGCUGGACUUGGCCGAGCACCAGGGCGGCAGCCAGCAGGCGGCCUCGCUCGCCAUCCUGCGGGUCAUCCGCCUGGUCCGCGUUUUUCGCAUUUUUAAGCUCUCCAGACACUCCAAGGGUCUUCAGAUCCUCGGGCAGACCCUCCACGCCAGCCUCAGGGAGCUGGGCCUCUUGAUUUUCUUCCUCAUCAUCGGCGUGGUCCUCUUCUCCAGUUCCGUGUAUUUCGCCGAAGCCGAGGACCCCGAAUCCGGCUUCUCCAGCAUCCCCGACGCCUUCUGGUGGGCGGUGGUGACCAUGACCACGGUGGGCUACGGGGAUAUGUGCCCCAGCACCAUCGGGGGCAAGUUUGUGGGAUCCUUGUGCGCCAUCGCCGGAGUGCUCACCAUCGCUCUGCCGGUGCCCGUCAUCGUGUCCAACUUCAACUACUUCUACCACCGGGAGAACGACGAGGAGGAUCGCCCGCAGUACGUGCACGUGACCUGCGGACAGCCGCAGACCUCGUCCGGCGACUUUGUUUCCCUCCAAAGCGAGCGCUCCCUUUCCAAAACCGAGUCCUACCGGGAGGACGACCAGGAGAGCCUGACCCAGAUCGAGAUCUACGCCGGGAAGCUGACCGACGUCUGAGAGGAACGGGU